GGACAUAGCAGAAUCAUUAAAAAAAAAAAAAACAAAUACAAAUGUGCGGUAAAAUCCCUCAUUUCUUCUUAUCGACCGUUGUAAUAUUUGGACUUCAUUCUCACAAAAUCACGGCGUCAUGAGCACGUUCUCCGUUAAGCGAGCCUCCGCAUCACCUUCACGUUUUGUCGCAACGGCUGAAAGUUGUCAGAAUUGAGCACCUCCAACAACCCAGGAAAAAUUUCUUGUGCAUUUCUGACACAAAUAAAGACGACCGUGAUAGUACACAGGAAACAGUUACAUCUUUCCACUUUGUGGGCAAAGAGUAUGACAAUGUAAUUCCACUCUUAUUACAUUGAAACUACAGAACCUUUCGUCAUUUUGCUUCUUAAUAUGCAAUGAACAUGCAUUUAUUAUUACAUACAAAUUCUGAAAUGUAUGUGGGUUUCUAUAUAUUUUUUUUCUAGGAAGACGUGCAGCUGCACAAUUGCGUUCCUGGAGUGACUUUAAACUUUUUUUUGUUUUGUUUUUUUAAUCUGGCUUCAUUCCCUUUUUCAUUUCCGCUCUAUAUUUCCCAUCUUAAAGUGUUCUCGUCAUCGUUUCAGUGUGACGUUCAAAGUCAAACAAUGUCAUUUUCCAUGAUAAAGAAUGAGGAUCCUUCUGGCACUAACCCGCGAGGCGGAGGGGGAGCGCUCGUGUGCGCGUUGUACGGUGACGCAUGAUGCGGAGGUUUCGCUCCCUCUGACGUCAGAGACGUACGUGAAAUUGAUUGGUCGGCGCCGAGGGAAGGAGGGCGGAGGAAAAAGGGGAGGAAGAGAUGGAGAAGCGGAGGAAAAACAAAAACAACAACAAAAAAAAAAGGAAAACAAAUCAAAGAUUCAAACUCGCAAAGUGGCCACAAGCUAAAAGGAGGGCGGAAGACUGACGAGCGGCUGGGGCUGAGCAAAAUCAAAUAAAAGAAAAGAGACGACCCAACGAAGGGGGAACAAAAAAAAAAAAAAAUAAGAGUAUUGGCGGAGGAAGACGACAAAAAGAAGGAGGUUGUGGGGCUCGGGAGGAUAUUUUUAGACGCGGCUGCGAGAGUCGACCGGCGCGGCGACCCGGCUGAAGCCCACCGGGACUCCGAUGCCCACGGCGGACCGCCGGCUCCUCCGCCAUGGCCGGAUCAUGAGGUGCCUGAGCUGCCUGCUGCUGCUGCCCGACACCAUCCGAAAGGCCAAGAAGCUCGGCGCGCUGCCGGCGGGGCUCCCGCUGCCGUCUCACGACAAGCACAGGAAGAUGGCCGCGGAGCUGUGCGCCGCCAACAACGGCAACCUGCCGAGCGCCACCGCCGCUACUGCCGCUGCGGCGGCGGCGGCUGCGGACGCAGAUAAGGCGGCGACCAAGGAGGCGACGUCGGCGGUGGCGGCGGCGACCGUCAACCGGGCCACUGCCGCCGACAACGACGGAAAAGGAGGCUGCGACGCGGCGGCCACCAGCCCGAGCGGAGGCCACCAGCCAACAUUCAGCAGCAGCAGCAGCAGCAGCGGCGACGACGACGCCGCCGCCGCCGCCGCCGCCGCCGCCGCCGAGCCCCGCGGCUGGCAGGGCAGCCACCCGACGCUCAGGGAGAGGAACGCCUUGAUGUUCAACAACGAGCUGAUGGCCGACGUCCACUUCAUCGUGGGCCCCCCGGGGGGCUCGCAGAAGGUCCCGGCUCACAAGUACGUGUUGGCCGUGGGCAGCUCGGUGUUCUGCGCGAUGUUCUACGGGGACCUGGCCGAGGAGGAGGCGGACGUUCGCAUCCCGGACGUGGAACCCGCCGCCUUCCUCAUCCUGCUCAAGUACAUGUACAGCGACGAGAUCGACCUGGAGGCGGACACGGUGCUGGCCACCCUGUACGCCGCCAAGAAGUACAUCGUCCCGGCGCUGGCCCGGGCCUGCGUCAACUUCCUGGAGACCAGCCUGGAGGCCAAGAACGCUUGCGUGCUGCUUUCUCAGAGCCGACUGUUCGAGGAACCCGAGCUGACGCAGCGCUGCUGGGAGGUCAUCGACGCUCAGGCCGAGCUCGCCCUGCGGUCCGAAGGUUUUUGCGAAAUCGACGCGCGGACGCUGGAGAUCAUCCUGCGCCGCGAGACGCUAAACGCCAAGGAGGCGGCGGUGUUCGAGGCCGUCACGAGCUGGGCAGCCGCCGAGUGCCGGCGGCGGGGACUGGGGCCCGCCGCCCGCAACCGCCGGCAAGUCCUGGGCAAGGCGCUCUUCCUGGUGCGCAUCCCCGCCAUGACCCUGGAGGAGUUCGCCGACGGGGCGGCGCAGUCCGACAUCCUGACGCUGGAGGAGACCCGCGACAUGUUCCUGUGGUACACCGCCGCCAACAAGCCCCGCCUGGACUUCCCGACGGGCGCCAGGAUGGGCUUGGUGCCGCAGAGGUGCCACAGAUUCCAGUCUUCGGCCUACCGGAGCAACCAGUGGCGUUACAGGGGGCGCUGCGACAGCAUCCAGUUCGCCGUGGACAAGCGGAUCUUCGUGGCCGGACUGAGUUUGUACGGAUCGAGCGGCGGCAAGGCCGAGUACGGCGUCCGCAUAGAACUCAAGAGGCAGGGCGCCGUGCUGGCCCAGCGCCUCACCAAGUUCGUCUCGGACGGCUCCAGCGGCACCUUCCCGGUCUGGUUCGAGCACCCGGUUCAGAUCGAGCCGGACGCCUUCUACACGGCCAGCGCGGUUCUGGACGGCAACGAGCUCAGCUACUUCGGCCAGGAGGGCGUGACGGAGGUGCAGUGCGGGAAGGUCACCUUCCAGUUUCAGUGCUCCUCGGACAGCACCAACGGCACCGGCGUGCAGGGGGGGCAGAUCCCAGAGCUGGUCUUCUACGCCUGAACGCCACCCCGAGGAGGGCGGGACUUCCUGUCGUGUAGCAAUGCAAACCGGGAACUGAGACCCUUCUGGAACACCACUAAUUUAAUUUAAGCUCAUUUCUUAUUUAAACGCCGCAGUCGCUGACGCCGUCAAUGGACGACUUUCUCGGGGCAGCUCACGGUGAUCCGCAAAUGUUGAGGCGAGGCGAGCAAGAAGAGGCCAGAGGCAACCGGACAAGAACACGUCAGUUGCCUUGAUUCAACUUUUGCGGAUUACCGUGACCAAGACGACGACGAGUACGCUUCUUCCGCUAGAGUUGAACGGAGGCGCUGGCUGGACUUGCUCGUAUGACCGAGACCAGUUCCCCGCCCCAAAAAAAAACAUAAAA